CUGGGAACCACCGGGCGCCGAGCGCAGGCCGAGGCGGUGCUAGGCUGGGAGCGCGGCGGCCGGGCGCUGUCAGAUUCUGUGGACAGGCACAAUGAGAAGCCAAGGAGGGUUCGUCCUGUUCGGGCUCCUGCUGGUGCUGGCUGUCCUCUGCCAUUCAGGUUAUAGCCUGCAGUGCUACAACUGUAUUAACCCAGUGCCUGAAUGCGCUACAGCCACCAAUUGUACACCUAAUUUUGAUGCAUGUCUCCGUACAAUAGCUGGGCCACGAAUAUAUCACCAGUGUUGGAAGUUUGAGGAUUGCAAUGUUGAACGCAUCUCAGCACUCUUAGGGGAACCUGAGCUACGGUACUACUGCUGCAAGAAGGACCUGUGCAACCAUGAGAAAGAUCAAAACGAUGGGACCACCUUAUCAGGGAAAACAGUUUUUCUGCUGGUGACCCCGUUUCUGGCAGCAGCCUGGAACUUUUAUCUCUAAAUCAACCCCAGGAGGGAUUCUAAACUACCCCCUUCACCACCACCUCCUUAUUCCCCAAUUCCUUGCUGCUGCGUAACCGAGGCUUUGUAUUUUCCAAUGCGAUCCUGUCGGGAAGGAAUAAAAUUAGCUCAAGCAUCUUGGUCAGAGAGAGAGGGACUCAGAGACUUUGAAGACCAGCCCUGUUUGCAGGGAAGCUGCACUUGCGGGAGAAGUUUAAGAGUGAAGCAGGCAUGACUUGAGCUAGGUUACAUGCUUUCUUCCUCUGCUCUUUGGAGGACCAGCUUUGCAGGUCAGCUUGUAUAGGUUCUCCAUGACCCUCGGGUAUUUCGCCUCUGGUUCCUUGGAUGUGUUAGAUAGUAUGAUUAGCAUUUGGGAGGGAUGGUGCCAGGGGGAUUCUUUUCAACAGUUCUCUCUCACAUGGAACCUUUCUUAAGCUUUAUGCCUCCUGUGUUACUAUGGCAGCACAACAGAUGUUCCAGAUGUGGGCUGUCAGGAGCAACAAGAUCAGAGCUAGAAGACGUCUGGCAGGGAAGGAAGGAAGCGUCCUAGAUGGCAGGGCAUGAAAACACAAGGUCUAUGGUUAGACAGGUAUCAGUAGCUGAAAUUUGAGUUUUCUUGUGUCUAAAUUUUGUAUGGGCUUUGUUAUCUUUCACUGGAAAAAUUUAAUAGCGUAAAUUAAUGGUAUGUUAAAGCUAUUCCCCUGCCUUUUUUUUGUUAGAUCCGUGGGAUAUCUUGGCUCUGACACACACAAUUAAAAAAUGUAUCUACAUAUGACUGGCAAUAUUAAGCGUGCUUAUCUUGAAUAUUACUGGUAGGAAGACUGCGUGUGUAUGUACAAUAUGAGUGCAAUGUGAACAAGCUUUGGGCUUGGAGUCUGAGACUCCCAGAUGGCAUCCUUAAUAGCACCAGAUCUGCAGGGAGGUGCUUUACCUGCCCACAGUCAGCCUAUCGACUCCCGGGUGACUCAGCACAGAUUGUAUAAAAUACGUCUGAAGGGCUACUAGCACAGUCAC